GGUAGCCUGUAGUACUUGAAUGUUGACUAAUCCAACAAAAAAUCCUCAUCCCAAGGAACAUCAUGAACAUCCAGUGGCUUGCAUCUUUAACCUUUUUAGUUCUUAUUGAAAGCUCCAAAUCUGAGAGUCAAGAUAUACGAGUGAAGCUCUGUGGUCGAGAGUUUAUUCGGAUGGUGGUAACUUCGUGUGGGAGCUCUCGAUUUAAACGAAACGCGCCUGAUUCCGGCCCUCUUUACAGAACCCCCAUCAGAAGUCUUCAAAACCUGCUCAACGGGAAUCUCCUUGCAAACCAGAAAUGGACCCCAGCCAGUGAAAAGGAGCAGUGGAAAGAGUUUGAGUCCACUAAAAGCGUGACCGAGCAUCCCGCCUCACACAUGAGUCCACCAGCAGAGGUUCUGUUACACUCCACAACUGUACAGGAUGCUAGUACGUCCUCCAGAACCCGGCGUGAUGUCGGGCCAGCCGGCGUGUGCUGUACUUCGGGAUGCACUAUGAGUGAACUGAUUCAAUACUGCUAAGCUCACUGUUUAUUGUUAGGACAGAUGUAGGACAUCCUCUGCACCAAAUGAUUUCUUUAACUGUGGUAUAUUAAGUUAUUAUUCAUCAAAAAAAUGAUAUUCAAGCACUAAUAUGAGAUGAAUGUAAAUACAGAGUGCAUGCAUGAAAUUAUUGGUGAUUUCACAGAGCAAUUUAGUCUGUAAAUGCUAAUGAUAUAAAAUACUGUGAUGCUGAGAUGUGAAAUGUUUGAACAGAUUUUAGAUUGUUCCUGCAUUAUUAGACUCGGAAAGGAACACGGGGACCUUUGUGCAAUGCAUAUUUGAAAGUGAUAGGCUACUCUUUGGCGAAAUGAUCAUUUGCUGUGUAUGUGAUAAAUGAUUUAGGCAAAUAAAUUCUGGAACUCUAAGAAUUCA